UACGCGCGCAAAGUUGUAAUUUUAUUUUCCCUUUCGCUUUCUCUGCACGCUGGUAACUGGCAAGGCGUAGGUACACAUUUCCCUCCAAUUCAGAGGAAAGAGAAACAUGGAAGCGAACAAUGGAGAAGGGAAGAGUUGCAUAUGCUGCUUGGUGGACGAUGGGAGCGUAGAGAGCCACAGAUACUACUUGGCUCGAAGGACUGUGUUGGAGAUGCUGAGGGACAGAGGUUACGACAUCCCAGACUCUGAAAUCGAUUGCUCCCUCCAGGAGUUCCGUUCCACCUACGGCCAAAAACCAGACCUCGAACGCAUCCGGGUCUCCGCUUCGCUCCUCUCUGAUCCUUCCCAGAAGAUUCUGGUGGUCUUUUGUGGAACUGAUAAGAUAAACGUCAGGAUUGCACGUGGGAUCAGGAACCAGAUUACUGGGAAAGAGGAACUUUCCUGGCCCACCCGGGUGAUCUUGAUCUUGCAAAGCGAAAUAUUGCCCCAAGCACGGAAGGAAGUUGAACAAUUCCCUUGUAAAGUUGAAUUUUUCCAAAUUACUGACUUAUUGAUCAAUAUUACAAAACAUGUUUUGAAACCAAAGCAUGAAAUUCUGACUCCAGAAGAGAAAGAAAAGAUACUAAAUAAGUACAGCCUGGAGGACAAGCAGAUGCCUAGAAUGCUACAGAGUGAUGCAAUUGCUCGAUACUAUGGACUUGAGAAGGGGCAAGUGGUAAAAGUUAUCUACAGUGGUGAAAUUACUGGUUCACAUGUUACUUACCGCUGUGUUGUUUAAUGCCUAUCUUGGUUUGCAGUUCGGAUGAAUCUCUGACUUGUAUGGCUGUGUAUAUCAACUUUUAAGUUCAGCUAUAGAUACUAGAGAAUAUGUAAAGUUACCUUAUCUAGAACAAUUUUACUGUUGCACCAGAAUUUGCUCGGAAGUUCUCUUUAUCUGGUUCUGAGAAUGAACAAUUUUUCUGUUUCUCUGGUCGCUACCGAGCAAAUACAUUCAACAUGGUGUAGUCAUCAGGCAUGGAAAUGUGGUUUGAGCUUUCAAUGUCAUGUUUCAAAAAGUUGUGGAUUCACUGGAAAGGUUUUACACAUUGAUCUUUAAUUCCUACUAAUGAAGUCCAACGUUAUGUUACAUCAA